CUUAAUGGAGACGCCCGUUAUGGUUAUGUUCGCCAACACGACUGGUGACUCGAAAUUAAUAAAUGCUGAAAUAUCACACAAGUGAUCCGAACUUCUUGCUGUAUUAAGUCUUAAAACUGGGAAAUCUAUUGAUGUCAUGUUUUCCUGUGAGUUCUGGCUAUUCUGCAGCGAACUGAUAGAUUGAUUGCGGAUAACGGAAGUCACGUGAUGCUAUCUUUCCGCCCAUGCGCCGUGGAAAGCGUCAUCACAAAAUGAAUCCCGGAAGUCACUCGUGGCCAUCCUUGGUUCUGGUGUGCCUUUGUAUGUGCUGGUUAGUUGACGAGACGAGGACACAAGACUGGUUCCUUACCUACCCAGGUUUUUUCAGUGACUUCGGCGCAUACGCCACCCAGGCCCCAGCCCCGCCGUGGGGAAACCAGUAUGACAUCCCACAAAACAUUGGUGCCCUAGAUCUUCAAAAUCAAGCUGGGACUAUGAAUGCCCAGGUUCAGCAGGGACUCAUGGAUUAUCAACAAGCCGAGCUUAUGAAUCCUCCCAGACGGUCUGGAGCUUCGAAUGAUCAUCAAACCCAAACGGAGAUGAGGAAUGCCCCGAGCCUGCCAGGAGCCUUUGAUCGCCAAACACACGCUGAAAUCAGGAAUGGGCCUGAUCAACCUGGAGUUAUACUUCAACCAGAGAUCAUGAGUGCUCAAAGUGAUACUGGCAUUGUAGACUCCCAGAAUCAAGGCAGUGUGGCUCGUCAGCAAGGAAGCAGUGUCCAACAGUCGCAGACCGUUCUAGAUCCCACAAGCAACCACGUUUCGGAUGUAAACAGCCAGGUAGUAACAGGACCGCAGACUGGAAAACUAGAAGCACAAUCUGCAUAUCCAUCUCAGUGGCAAGGCGAGUUGCGGUCAAAUCGAAGAGCAAGUAUUAAUGGUUCAUCAAGGGCAGAAGUUGGUUCUCCUGCACCCAGUGUACCUGAUCAAGGUUCAAUGAUAUUCUCUGGUAACCCUGCAAGUUCCAUACCAAUCCAAGAAGGAAGCUACACGCCAGACCAAACUCCCAGGACUGUUCCAGUUCAGGGGACAAGGGAACUACUACAAGGUAAGCCACAACCAUCCGUUACAGACCAUAAUGCAUGGCACCAGAGAGGUGGGACAGCAUCUGUGGGUAAUGUUCAAUCUGUGGCAUUCCCCCAGCAGAGUUGGCAACCCAACUUUCAAGACCAGCAAGCCAUCAAGCGACAAUACAUGCAUACCGACCAAAACAUGAACAGUAAUCAACCAGAUUUCAUUCAUCAGUCUGAUCCAAGAACAUUUCAGACCAUGCUUGCAAACCAACAAAAUCAGCAGUCUCAACAAAAUUCAUCAAUGUCUCAAUCCGAGCCAAUUCAACAACAUCGUGUGAUGCCAAGUCAGCAUGUUAUUCCAUGGGGGAUGAUCCGUCCAUCUGCAUAUUCUCAACUACAGGCAAUGGACCCAACAACACGAGCAAACUGGAUCUAUCAAAUGCAGAUGAAGACUAGGCAAUACUACAGGCAUCAGCAGAAGUAUCCGACACAGACGUGGAAUGUCCCUGCUGAAUAUGCAACAAUAACCCCAGGAGUUGCUGAGUUCAGCACAGGAACAAACUGGUUGAGCAGCACAAGCUCCACCACCAAGCAGUAUGUUCAACCUCACACCCCACAACAAAAACAAGAAAGGCAGUUGCAAUCUGUCAAUAGUUCAUCUACCUUUCCUCCUGAAAGGUCACAUGUUAAGGUUUCUGGGCUAAACAUGGCGCCAACACCUCCCACAAGUACUCAAGGGCAACAGACCACAACAAGUGUCAGCAUUGCAACCCGGGCAGGCGUUACCUCAACUUCUUCUAUUAAUGCCACAUCCGAGGGUAAUUACUCCGCUUUGUCUACCAUUACGCCUCAUACGAACAUGACAGCGGCAGAUCUACAUAAAAUAGUCCGAAUUCUUCUCAUUCCACAGCUGACACGAGUUACGACACAGGCACCUACGAUGACACUGUCUAUACCUAUAUCACGUGUAGCAUCUGGGCAAGUACAACGCCCAAUUUCAGAAAUGUUCAUAAGGAUGAUCAACUUUGCUCCACGACCCUUGUGGAUUUCUGCGCCUAUGAAUAAUAACAGAAGCCAUAAACAGACCCAGCCUUUGUCAGAAAUUCAUGUAAAGUUGGUUAACUAUGAUCAAAGGAUAGUAGAUUCAUUCAACGGACAUAUUUCAUCCCCCCACACACGACCUUCACGAAGAGAGCAGGCGUUUCAGUCGUCAAAACGGGGACAUAAAAUACCGAGAAUAACAUUAGUCAAAAGCAGUGCUGACAUUCCUAACAGUUCUGUUCAUAUGCUCAAACCAUCGAAUACGUCCAAUGAUACAAGUGCGCCACAGAGCAAUGUACAAAACCAUCAACAUGCUGUGGUUCGACAUACCCAGAUGUUGCACCACGUCAUGAACAAUCUACAGAAGGAACUGAAUCGUUUCCAGGGCACUGUCAGACACAACAGAGACUCCCCAGCCACAGACAGACCUCUGAAAGAAGUAAAACCUUCACGAGCUGAUGUUGGUGAUGGUACUACAAUGUCGGUGCCUCAAAUACGAAGACAACUUGGACACAAACCACCAAUGCCUCUGAAGAAAGAUAUGAAACCCGAAUCCACCAUAGUAGGUGAUCUAAAAAGAGUAAUGCCAGUGAAACAAAACGGAAGUGAAUCGACAUCCGCGCACUCACCAUUGGUCACGUCAACACCAUCCACCACAACGUCAUCAGAAGCAGCGACGUCUCACAUGACAACUGUCGUUCAACCAUCACUUACAAAACCGGACACUGCCACAAGAAGUAUAGCAAAUUCAUCGGACUUCAAACUCAAAGACAUCCCAGCUGCUGUUAUCACAGGCGAUCCUAGGGUUAAAAGAAAUAAACUAAGCGAACUUCUGAAAAAGCGUAAAUCGUCCUUCGCUGUCCCUCUUUCCGAGUUACCGAACGUAGAGCUGACAGCUAUCUACUCUGUCAACAACAUGGGUGUUGAUGCUAUUGAUGGUCAAAUUAUCAACAUACAUGAAACUGGUCAAAAGACACUGUCUACGCGAGUAGAAACAACUAGCAUUGCUCCCUCUCCUACCCCAACAACCACGUUGAAUGAUAACACGUCUCCUUCCACACCUGCCACCAAGUCUACACCAGAGACCGCAGAGAUGAGAAAACAGCAAAUCAACGAUCAACUGAACGAACAGCUGAGUGUCCUCAACCGCCUUCACCAACGACAGCAAAUUAUUGAUCAUCAACACCAGCUGAGGGAACAGCAAACAAGACUACAAAAGCAAAGGGACAUUCUACAGCAGCAACUACAAGCCCUGCAGAAACUCCGGGGAACACAUAUGGGCAUUGGUAAAGACCCUCUUUCACUUCCUGAUGCACCUGGAGGAAUAGCUUCAGCCUGGCAUGGAAUCCAAUUGGGAUUGUUAGAAGCUGGUUUUAAAUAGGCGUGGAUGAUCAGUUGAUCAGUAAGGGACGACCAUUUAUACAUGGGAAAAUGCUGUUUUUGUGCGCGAAACUGCUGGUCAAAAUAAUGUGUUUUCGGGUUUUACAAAAACUUGUUAACAUUGAUCACUAGGCAUGUUAAAUUUCUGAAUAACCUUCCUGAUAAUCUUAUCAGGAACAUCCUUAUAUAUCCAUGGGAACAUAUUCCGUACACGAUUCGUUAAUCCGGAAAUGUGUGUUAAUCCGGUCGACUUCCUGAGAACGGUACCUUCCGUAUUAACAAGGUAUCACUGUAGCCCAGCGUUGUCACGGGGAUCUCGUCUGAAUGGAGCCGUGGAUUAGGUGGCUAUAACUCUUGGUGUCUAUCUCUAUAACACUGUUUUCAGACUGACUCUCGCCAUAAUAAGUACUAAAUCCACAUAUGCUUGUACAAAUGCUGCAGAAAAAAUGAUAAUCCUGCAAAUCUAAAUCAUAAUGUUCAAGGUAGACAGAAUUUUAUGGUUAUGCAUAAUGUUCAUCAACCUUGUAAAGCAGAGAAGUUACCAGUAAUUUUACGAAGCACCAGCUCUCUCCACGUGAACCCGCACAGUUGUGAGGCAGAAAUUUCGACAUUCCACGAAUAUUUAUAAGAACAUAUAUAUAUAUUUCUGUUUGACAUGUUCCUAUUAUUCCAGGCGCUGACUGAAAGCGACUGAUUGCUCAUAUACUAUGUGUGAAUAACAUUACACACUGCCAUUAAAAUAAAGCAUUUUCGUAUAUAUUUCAAGACAAAAAUACACAAUGAUCCAUUAUUUAAAAACUAUCUCAGUGCUUCUUUGUUUUCCCCAAACCACAUCAGGAGACUUGCAAUAGAAAAUCAAAGAAUAAUAAAAUCAUA